ACUAUAGUGACACACCAAGGGAAUCAAAGAGGAACGGAGACUUGUUUUCUCUACGUAGAUCCUUUUUUUUUUAGAUUCAACAACUAAAACUGGAAAAACAUUCAAGCGUUGUCUGAACGACGACAGGUUGGAAUUAUUGUUUCCAUCAAGGAUUUUCUUCACGUUUCUUCAAAAGGAGAUUGUUCCGCUGGAAAUUAUUUUAUAUUAAUUAAAACCCUCACAGUUUCAGUGGGAAGUUAAAGGAGAAGGUGACAAACCAGGAAAACUUUCACUUCAUCUUUGUGCUUCAAGCCUCGACUGCGAUUUGAAGGAGAACUUUUAAAACUUUCUUCAUGMGUAUUUGAGGAGCCGAGGAGCUCUCACUGCUCGCUGAAGAGCUGUCAGCACAAUAAUGGGACGCCUGUGUCUGCUCCUGCUUGUCASUCUGGCUUCACUCACCUGCCAGGUUUUGGGCUCCGGUGUGUUUGAGCUGAAGCUGCAGGAGUUUCUCAAUAAGAAGGGGAUCGCUGGGAACGCCAACUGUUGCCCCGGUGGCUCCGCGCACACACAGGGCCACCAGCAGUGCGAGUGUAAGACCUUCUUUCGGGUCUGCCUGAAACAUUACCAGGCCAGCGUCUCCCCGGAGCCCCCCUGCACUUAUGGCGGGGCUGUGACUCCCGUCCUCGGCUCCAACUCCUUCCAGGUGCCGGAGACCAACGCGGAAAGUUUCACCAACCCGAUCCGCUUUUCCUUCAGCUUCACGUGGCCAGGGACGUUUUCACUGAUCAUUGAAGCCCUGCGCACCGAAUCCCUGGACGACCUGACGACAGACAACCCGGAGCGUUUGAUCAGCAGGUUCACCACUCAGCGCCACCUCACCGUGGGGGAAGAAUGGACCAAGGACACGCAAACAGCCGGCAGGACAGAGCUGCACUUCUCUUACCGCUUCCUGUGUGACGAGCACUAUUACGGAGACGGCUGCUCCGUCUUCUGUCGACCCCGAGACGAUGCUUUUGGACAUUUCACCUGUGGAGAGCGAGGAGAGAUCAUAUGCAACUCUGGCUGGAAGGGGCAGUACUGCACUGAGCCAAUCUGCCUCCCUGGGUGCGAUGAAGAACACGGCUUCUGUGAUAAACCAGGAGAGUGCAAGUGUCGUGUGGGCUUCAGUGGACGUUACUGUGAUGACUGCAUCCGGUACCCAGGCUGCCUCCACGGCACCUGCCAACAGCCAUGGCAGUGUAACUGCCAGGAGGGCUGGGGCGGCCUCUUUUGCAACCAAGAUCUGAACUACUGCACACACCAUAAACCCUGCCUUAAUGGAGCCACCUGCACCAACACUGGCCAGGGGAGCUACACCUGCUCUUGUCCACCUGGAUACACAGGUGCCAACUGUGAAAUCCAAGUCAGCGAAUGUUCCGGAAAUCCAUGUCGCAAUGGAGGCAGCUGCAUUGACGAUGAUAACGGCUACAAGUGUACUUGCCCACCUGGUUUUUAUGGCAACAACUGUGAGUUAAGUGCCAAUACAUGCGCAGACGGGCCUUGUCUCAACAGCGGACGUUGUGUGGAUAAUCCCGAAGGUGGCUAUUUUUGCCAGUGCUCAAUGGGAUAUGCUGGUUUCAACUGUGAGAAGAAAAUUGACCACUGCACUUCAAAUCCAUGUUUAAAUGGAGCAGAGUGCGUUGACCUCGUGAACUCCUACCUCUGUGAGUGCCCUGAAGGAUUUUCAGGUCCUAACUGUGAGGUCAUCACUGGUUUUUCUGGAUACUGUCAGUUCUUCCCUUGUCAGAAUGGUGGGACUUGUCAGGAGGGAGUGAAUGGCUACAAAUGUACUUGCCCUCCAGGUUAUACUGGCAAAAACUGCAGCACCCCUAUCCUCCGCUGCCACCACAACCCCUGCCACAACGGCGCCACCUGUCACGAACGCGGCAGCCGCUACAUAUGCGCUUGCGUGCCUGGUUAUGGAGGUCACAACUGCCAGUUCCUCUUACCAGAGAUCCCCCGGGGUUCCCAUCCUGUUGUGGAUGGGACAGAUCGCCAUUUUUUGUCAUCAGAAAAUGGAAACGCUGAAGAAGACAGGGACGAUGAAGGCGGGUUUCCUUGGACGGCCGUGUGUGCCGGCGUCUUCCUUGCACUCGUGAUUCUGAUCAGCUGCUCUGUGCUGGUGGUCUACGUCCGAGUCAAACUGCAAGACCGCCACAGUCACCACAGCGAUAGUGUGCACAGCGACAGCCAAGAGACCAUGAAUAACCUCACAACCAACAACUGCCUCCGGAGUGACAAAGAACUGGGCGGUAUGAUGACAGCAUCAGUCAAAAACACCAACAAGAAGGCAGAUUACCAUUCAGAACUUACGGGGUCACUCGGUGGUCUGAGCGGCAUUGGCAGCCUCAACGGAUCAGAAAAAAAUGGCUUUAAGGCUCGCUACUCCAGCAUUGAGUACAACCUGGUUCAUGAGAUCCGGCCUGAGGAGCUGCUAACUUGUACAGAAGAAGAGCAUCACGAGCCGGAGGCCAAAUGUGACAUCCUGGAUGAGUCCAAAACAGACGAAGUGUUCAGGAAGCGACAAAACAGUGACGCAUCAGAACUAAAGCCAUCAGCAGAGUCACCAAGCUACAGUGAAGCAAAACAUCAACCAUCCACUGAAUUAAACCCUCCUGCAGAGAGUGAUUCUCAGUACCAGACAACUUGUGACGUCAAAUGCCAGUCAAGCACUGAUUGUGAAUACCACAGUGCCAACGACAGCCGGUACCUGUGUACAGCAGACACCAAAUACCAGUCCGUCUAUGUCAUUUCAGACCAGAAAGACGAAUGUAUCAUUGCCACAGAGGUAUGAUACCAGUUUUUCGUGGCUGAUGGCGAUUUACGCACACCAACCCCUGAGCAGUAGAGCUCAGUUUGUUUCUGGGAGGUUUUACUCCUGCUGUUUGCUGCUCUUCCCUGGAAGUUCCCAGAGGACCUUGAGCCAAGGUGCUGAUGAGCCACUGUAGAGUCAGUGUUUUGCUCAGUGAUGACUACAUUAAUACGGGUCAACUCUAAAAUACUUUUGACCUUCGAUGGAUGUAGAUCUGUUGAUCAUGCUAUGGAUGAAGCAUCGCAACAAAGUGCUUGCUCUCGCACUGUCAUUGUACAGAAACAGCACUGACCUAGAGCUCAUUCAGUCAAAGACUGCUGGAGAACUGAUGAAGAGCUCACUGAACGUCUCUUGUGGCGCUGGAAGAUUUACGGCUCAUAACAGGAUGAAGUGUUCUCUCCUGAUAAGCAGCGGAGCUAUGGCUUGGAUGUUGACCGAUGACAUUGUUGCGUACGGUUAGCGUGCCAACUGAACGAACAGUGUAGUACCUUCAGGAUGCCGAAAAACCCCUUAAAGUACUGCUGUAGUACUGUGUUGUGUAAAAAAAAAUCUGUCAUGGAUUUCAAACGUUUUAUGUUCUGCGCAGUGCUGCAGAGUAGAGUUGUGGAGCUGUAACCCUCACCAAAUCACUCAACAAAAUGUCACGUGGAGCUUUUCUGACAAGACUACUAACUGUUUUAAUCCACCUUUAACUCUACAGCACUGGCAAAGUUGGCUGAGCUGGUUCUCAGCAGGAAACAGAGAACUGAAAACUCCAGUAGUGACUGCAGAUUGAUCCAACGUGGAUUCUGUUGGGCCAUACUGGCCUCUGAGAGUUGGGAUGAACAGGGCGAUGGUUUGGGCAGAGCAUCCUAAGAAACACUUUCGGCAUUAGAACACUAAAAAAAUUGAAUAAAUAAAAUCAAACAAAACAAAAAUGGGAUUUUAUUUUUAAAUCAUGUGUUAUGAAUGUUCUGUACAUUUCAGUCAGUUUAAUAUGGUUUUGCUUCAAAACUGACCGUUUUGUUUUUAUUUCCUGACCUCCUGAUGAUGCUGUUGUUUGACCAAGAAGACCAAGCUCUAAAAGUCUUAACUGCCAAGACCUCAUUGCACUAUAGAGGUGUGUGUGUUUGUGUGAAUGUGUGUGUACAGAGGACGUAAUGCUUAUAUGCACUGCCCACACCUGCAGUCUUCCACAAUUAGCCGAUUCAAGAACACCGUCGCCCUGCCAUCCUUUGGUUAAGAUGUUCCCUUUUUUUAAUGUUAUUUGUUAUCUAAAGAGGUUAUUCUUUUAAUUUAAUGAUGUAAUUAUUUGUGCUACAUUUUUAUUGUGUUGUUCUUGUUAAGUCUGUUAUAAUUUAAGUUGUUUUUUUAUUUGGAAGGUGACGUAUGUAUGCGAGCAUGUAUGUGUUAGGCACUUGAGACCACUGUGACUGUGUUGUAUUUAAAGAGAAAAGUUGUAUGUACAAAGCCUGUCAUUUUUAUUACUGGAAAAAAAUAUUUUUCCAAAAUAAAAGAUAAAUGAAAUCUA